GUUCAGGGAGGGAGGGACGCUCGUAGAAAACCCAACAACACGUUAGUAGCUGCUAGGCAAUUACAGCAGCGACGAAUCGAGAGAAGGUGGCCACCGAAACUAAUCAAAAGGGCCGUCCAGCACCUGAACCAUCAAUCGGGUUUAUGAGUAAAGGCGAUCAAUCAGCUUCCGCGUUUCACCGAAGGUUAACCGCGGAAGUGUAAUUCAACGUCAACGUUUUUUUGUGACUUAUUGUCGGUGACAACAUGGCUGAAACUGACAUUAGCAUCGACAAGAAUAAACUACCUGGAGUGAAAGAGGUGUGCCGAGACUUUGCUGUGCUGGAGGACCACUGCCUGGCCUACAACCUCCAGGAGCAAGAAAUUGAGAGCCACUUGGCGUCCAACGUCAAUAAGAGCCGUCUGGUGCAGACGGACUUGCUGGUGGCCAAGAAGCUGCAGGAGGAGGAGGAUCUGAGGGCCAAGGGCCAGAUCCAGAAGCAGCACGUUGAAACAGAACGUCAAGACAAUGAGAUCGCCCAGGAGAUUCAGGAAGAACUGGUCCGACAGGCCGAGCAGCAGCUGAAGCAGGAAGAGAAGGAUGCGGCCAUAGCUCGUAAGCUGCAGGAGAAGGAGAUGAAAGAGGAAAGGAGGAGACAGAAGCAGAUGGAAUCAAACCUUGAGGAGGAGUACUUUGAGGAUCAUGGAGCUGCCAGACGACACCUUGACCCCGACAAACACCGGCGUCACAAAUCCAGUUCCCCAGGCCGACAUGAUGCUUAUGCUCCAGUGAGCUCACAUCGUGAUUACUCCCCUGAAUAUAGCUCAACGCAGCCCAAAAGGAGCAGGUACCCAAGACAGGACCCAGCGGCACCCCACAGCUACUCCCGAUACCCCGAGCAUCCCCUAGUGGCCGAAGGAGGGCGGAGCAGGCACGCAGAUCCCUACCCAGAGCACCUGCUGCCCUCUAAAGGCAAACAUGGGGACAGGUACCCAGAGUAUGAGCCCACAGAAACUGGAAGGGGAGAAGGGGGGGACGACACAGUGGUCAGGAGGAAGGAGAAACCGGGUAGACCACCUCCACCACAGAGCACCAUAGAGAGAGACAGAAAAAAAGACAGGCAGCAUGACCGAGACAGGGGCAGAGACCUGGACUGGGAGAAACACAUGGUGAAAGAUCAGAGGAGAGAGCAGGACCCCAGGGGGGCGAGAGCAGGAGGAAGAGAGGAUGAAAGACAGAGAGAGAGGGACAGGCCGAGACAGAAAGACAAAGACAGACAACGAGUAAGAACAAUGAGCAGGGAGAGAGGAUUCGAAGAGGAUCCGGGGCACAGCAGGGACCGGCCGAGGGAGGGCAAGGCGUCUUGGGAGGAGGAAGUGGAAGACGGUGAGAGGGAGAGGAGGGCUGGGGUCCGGCUGCGUGUCCACUCCGGCCCCGAAGAUGUGUUUGAUGAUCUGGAGUUGGAGGGCGGGGGUCCUGGCAAGGAACGCAGUCAUUCUCACUCCAACGGAGAGACAGGUCGUAUUGUGCACCGAGGGAGCGGAGCAGUGGUUGGAGAAGACUUCGGAGUGACUGAGGCCACCAAGGGGUUAACGAAGCUCGAUAUCCGUGAGCAGGAGCUGAAGGACAUGGAGGUGGCCAGGAAACUGCAAGAGGAGGAGAUCAAGGCCAGCAAGAUGCAUGUGCGUUCAGCUCAAGUUGCGCAGGACGAGGAAAUUGCCCGACUGUUAAUGGAACAAGAGAAGAAGGAGUACAGGAAGAACCGAGAUCGGGAGAAAGAGCAGGAGAAGGAUAAAGACAGGGAGAGGUAUGCCCAGGAGAAGAUGGCAUAUGAAAGGGGGCGACCAGCGGGAGACUACCGGCCCAGCUCGGAGGAAGUGGUCCGGCCCAGAACACGAGACGAGCAAGAACACCAGCGGCAGAGGCACCACAACAAGCCCUCCAGGCCUCCCCAGCCUCGUGGACAGGACUAUGAGAACGUGAAUGCUGGCUACGGCUACUCGGACCAUGCCCCCCCCCGCGCUCCCACCAGACCCGAGGCUCAUAUCAGAGGUGCCUAUUACAAGCGGUGACUCCGGCUCUCUACCCUGUCCAGACAUACUGUCAGUCCUCCUUCGUCCUUUAUUUUUUAUUUAUCUUUUUGUUUUACUCUCUGUUGACCAAAAGCUUGUCGGCAAUGGGAUUAUUUUCUCUCUUUUUUUUUUAAAAUACCCUCCAAAGUUGGCCCGGAGUUAGGUAAGUGGGUCUCUGAGUGAUGCAACUACACUCAUCUGUCCUUUUUUUAUUUGUAAAUUGUGUUAUUAUUUAUUUUAACUGACUCAACAUCCAGACAAGCCAAAAACCUUGUGACACAAACUCCCCCUGAUUCUUAGCUGUCAAAAAGUAGAGGCUCAUCCCCUUCUGUGGUCAACAUGUGCUGAUGCUCCUGUCAUCACAAGGGCUCAACGCCUCUGCUGGAUAUGACCGUGCAAUCUCCAAAUUCCUCUCAUGGACGUGCCUGCCUGGUCCAACACGGCUGCUAGUGUCUUACAUACCAACAUGGCAGCUGCUUUAUACCUCAUGCUGCAGUUCUGUUGUCUUAUCAUGCUGUACUACGAGGCUCCAGGCCCUCUCCAUGUGCCACACAGCGUACCACAAAAAUAAGCCUUUAUCAAGAUGCUGGUAGUUUUGCUUCGACAUGUUUUACCACCUUGUUCCAAUGCAGAGGAGGUGGCGCUUUGUGAUGAUCCAUGGACUUUUAAUUGGCUGUAGGCUGUCUUCUUCUUCUGCUUGAGAGGGGCACUUUUUAGCCCCAUUACCCUUAAAACUGUGGAUGGAUGAUAUUCUGUGUAUGACUCACUGUUUCUAUGUGCAUGCUUACUGAAAGUGUACAACUGUGUACAUGCAUUUCAGCUCUAUACCAAGUUAUCUGGCUCCCUCUUUAUUGUUAAAGCCACAAAAAGCCAAUAAUAUCUCUCUCUUUGUGAAUGAACAAAAUAUCUUAGCUCAUAUACUACUGUGAAAUAAAUCACUUUCCUGCCAUUAUUUCGUAUCAGCUUGUCAGUCACAAACCAAAACUGGCCCAUAAAAGAACCAGUACCCAAAUGAAAUGCAUGUACAUUGCUUGUCUGUGUCAAAGCUGAAUUCAUGCUUGUGCUUAUACGCACUUGUUGUGGGAUUUGAUAUACGCUCUUUUAUUUAAAAGUAAAUAUCACAUUUUUGUUUCUUUUUUAAUUGCCACCAAAUUAUGUUCCCUAGAAUGAAAAAUACAAGAUUCUCUCAUUAGUAGUCCCUCGAUUGUGUGUCCAACGUUUCUUUCUUUACCACGGUUUUGUUAGUUUUUCCGAUUAUUUUGUUUCUUUCAUUUCCAUUCCCCAAAGCUUUCCCGCAGUAACUUCGAUCUGCUUCUUUGUCUGAAGCUCAAAGGCAGCCUUCAUUUCCUGCUGGUAGAAAAACAAACAUUCCCACAAUGGAAGUGCAUCUGGAUGGAGGGAAAUCGGUCAGAGGAUCAGUUUAAAUAAAUAUAACUGCUCAAAGGGACCUAUUUUAGUGUUUUUAUUACUCUGGGAUCCAUUAUUUUCUGUUCAUAUUGAAUAAUAAGGAUGUUAAGAAAAGUAAAAAGCACAUUCAUGCUUUUGAGUUUACCGAAACGUUUGUGAUUCUGUCUUUCCAACAUUUAGUGCUGCCUCCAAGUCCUCCUGUUGUAUUAAAAUGUCUUCUUCCAAAAUGAUUCCCUCCCUGUUCAGAGAAAGUGUAAGAUGUUUGUAUUGCCAAGGACAAACAAGCAGAUGUUGUUGAAAUAUGAUAUGUGCUAGUUGCUGUUGAAAUAAUGAGAUUCGUGCCAUAUGUUUGUAAUUUUUCAGGGACUUGAAAAUGGGAAAAACGUAGAGUUGUGGUUGUAGCAGAGAAACCACACCUACCGAGGUGGGACUCCAUAUUUAUUAUUUGGUGAGAGCACCACCUUGUGGACAUGUUGACAAUUGAAACAACACAAAUUAUAUCUGAUUGGAGUCUUAGUGAACUUGUGGAUAUUGUGCAUCAGACAUUAUUUUGGAAUAGUGCUGUCAACAAAGUGCUACAUACAUAUUUUCUUUAAUCCAGGGCUUGUAUGCAAUCUACCAAUCAUGAAUCAGCACAUAAUGUGUUGGCAUUUGCUGUAACAGAUUUUUAAAGUAAAACAAAUGAAGUUGAUUUUACCUAUAGCAUCUCAAAAUGUAAUAAACUUCAGCAUUUCCACCGUU